AAGGAAUAGGAAAUAACAAAAGAAGAUAAAUCUGAAAUAUAAAUAGACUGUUAGAUUUUGUCAACUGUAAAAGAUUGUGGACACUAAGUUAAAAUAACUUGUAAUUCGUGUUAAAAUUAAGAGAAAACUUGAGUCUACUGUUGCAGCCAUGAAGCUGAUCAACUCACCGUUGGUGCGCUCCAAGUGUUAUGUGAACGGAGAGUGGGUAGAAGCCUUGUCAGGGAAAACAUUCCAGGUGUUAAACCCGGCUAACUGUGAGCCUAUCCACAGCGUCCCGGACAUGGUUACGGUGGACUGUGAGAUAGCAGUCGCCGCUGCUGACACCGCCUUCAAAACAUGGUCCACCACUGCCAAGGACAGAAGUAUCCUGCUGCGCAAGUGGUACAAUAUACUCGACGAGCACAGCAAGGAGUUGGCGAGUAUCAUCACAGCGGAGACGGGGAAGCCACUGAAGGAGGCUCUCAGUGAGGUUGCCUACGGAAACUCUUUCGUCGAUUGGUUUUCUGAAGAAGCCAGACGAGUAAAUGGUGAAGUGGUGCCCAGUCCGGCCAACAAACAGCUUGUGUUUAUCAAACAGCCAAUAGGAGUUGUGUCACUUAUUACACCUUGGAACUUCCCUCACGCAAUGAUUACGCGUAAGGCUGCGGCGGCGAUAGCGGCAGGCUGCACUUGUGUUAUCAAACCAGCCGAGGACACACCGCUCACUGCGCUCGCUCUUGCCCACACCACUCAAUUAGCUGGUUUUCCUAAAGGGGUGUUCAAUGUAGUGACUUGCACUCGAGCGAACGCAGCUCUGGUCGGCAAGGUGAUGUGUCAGAGUCCCUCGGUGGCCGGCAUCUCUUUCACUGGAUCAACGGAGGUGGGGAAGCUGCUGUACAACCAGUGCGCUCUGGGGGUGAAGAGGAUCAGUCUUGAGUUGGGUGGAAACGCACCAUUCAUUGUCUUCCAGAGUGCUGAUGUAGACAAAGCCGUGGACUGUGCAAUGGCUGCUAAGUUCCGUAACUGUGGCCAGGUUAGUAAUUACAGUAAUUUUAGGACUGCCUAUUGCGUAUUUUUAAGUAAAAUAAAGUUUGUUCAUGUACUGGCAUUAGAAAAACAUGACUGUAAGAGUCACUAAAAUUCAUUCUUCUUC